AUGAGGUGCGCAGGUGGUGUGCGCAGUCUCAGGAAAACAAACAAAAUGAAGUCUCAAGACAGCAAAAGCCUCUGGGCUACUCAGACGGAAAAACCUAUACAUUAUACAUAUUUGAAGGAAUUUCGCGUGGAGCAGUGUACGCUCUUCCUCCAACACAAGUGUACUCAGCAUCGCCCCUAUACAUGUUUUCACUGGCACUUCCUUAACCAGAGGCGACGAAGACCUAUCAGAAGAAGAGAUGGCACCUUUAACUACUCCCCAGAUGCUUAUUGUAACAAAUUCGAUGAAAACACUGGCAUUUGUCCUGAUGGUGAUGAGUGUCCGUACCUUCACCGAACAGCAGGUGACACAGAAAGACGAUAUCACCUUAGAUACUAUAAGACGGGCAUGUGCGUUCACGAUACAGACACUAGGGGCAUGUGCGUUAAAAAUGGCCCCCACUGUGCGUUUGCUCAUGGUGUAGAGGAUGUCAGGUUCCUCCCCACCAGACCUCCCGUCUAUGACAUCCGGGAACUACAGGUGCUGGAGAUGAUGGACCACGACGGCAUCAACGGCUCGGGGCCAAACAACCUCGACAAGGAGAGAAAUAUGGUUAACGAUGACCCCAAAUGGCAAGAUACAAGUUAUGUUUUAGCCAAUUACAAGACAGAACAGUGUAAACGACCUCCCAGAUUAUGUCGUCAAGGUUACGCAUGUCCUCAGUAUCACAAUUCCCGCGACAGAAGAAGAUCGCCGAAAAAGUGUAAAUAUAGGUCCACCGCAUGCCCUAACGUCAAACACGGAGAUGAGUGGGGGGAGCCCAGCAACUGCGACAAUGGAGACUCAUGCCAGUACUGCCACACCCGCACAGAGCAACAGUUCCACCCGGAGAUCUACAAGUCCACCAAAUGCAACGACAUCCAACAGAACGGCUACUGCCCACGAGGCGCCUUCUGUGCCUUUGCUCAUCAAGAUCAGGAAAUGACCCAAGUUAGGGAAACAGCCGCGAGUGAAAAUUGCACCGGGACAAGUUUAGCUGAUAUACUACAGUCUGCUCUCCCCUCAGACAACCAUAUAGCACCGUCCUGUAGCUCGGCUUCAGCACCACACUGUAGCUCUUCUCAAUCUAAAACUAGUUCUAUAUCAAGCAUUAGCAAUAACAUAGAUUCUGUAUUUGGCAACGGGAUGAGUCAUCCUCCCCCGCCUCUAGCACCAAUAGGCAGCAAACCGCGCCACUUCAGCGGGAACACACUCCUGGGGGGGUCGUCGGACCAUUUAAGUUUGAGCGGCAGCUUAGGUGCCAGCAUGAGCCUCAACGUAGGCGGUAUUAGUUCGUACCACAAAGCUCCCGGGUCUGAACGAGAAGACCGGGAGACCAAUUUUAAGAAACAGUUAGCCGCUAUAGACAAUGAUCACACGUUAGAUUUACAAGAGAAGAGCAAACGGAGACAGAACCUCUUCCUAUCCAACAUGAUCCCCAGCCACCCGCCGCCCGUCAGCCUGCCCAUCACGCUGCCGGUCUCCAUGCCCGUCACGCAGACGUCGUCCUUCGUAUCCUCGUUACCCUCUAGCCUGUCAUCGACGGUGUCUCCCCUGGCCCCGCCGUUCUACCCCACAAGUGACACUGUGGAAUCUGUAGUCGGAAGUGCUUUAGAAGAGUUAAACCUAGAUGAGCCUUUGAACAUCGCAGCAUCUUUAGAUAGAGAACUAGAAGUGGAAAAUAAUUCUUUUAGUAAUUCUAUAUCAACGGGUUUAGCUAGUUCAGGUUUGCUUGGGUCUAGUGCCCCGGUAAAUAUCCCCGGUUCCAGUUUCCAGGAACGGUCGGGCGGCUUAAUCUCUAAUCCUUCGCCGUCGUCCACCUCUUCUCCGGCCUUCCCGCAUUCAUUCCUGCAGUCGUCUUUACAUCGAGAAAACUCCCUCGACCAGGGAGCAGCGGCUUUCAUAGGCACCAACGGAGUAGGGAAAAUUAGCGGCAGCGGAGUGUUUUCGUCGACGAGCGGCCCUAGCGGAGGAUUCUUCGACCUGGGCUCCAACAUGUCCCCCCACAGCAGAAACCCCCUCAGUAACCACCUCUCUCAGUCCCCACUCAUGUCUGCCUACGCCAACAACAGCGGCACCAGCACCACAGAGAUCCACCGACUGAGGGAAGAGUUGGCCACCAAUAGAGUCAAGCUCGCAUCAUGGGAGGAAGGUAUCGCUCAGGCACGUACGGCGUGUGAGGCGUGGAGACGUGAGGCAGACGAAGCGAACAGGAAGUAUAAGAUUGCUGAACAAACCAAAGAGGAGGUUUGUUUCUUGCAGUAUGUGGGUAAGAUCGCCGCCCAGCAGAAGGAGAUGGAGGAGCUACGAUCGGGGCGUCUAGGGCCGUAUAUACAGGCCCUUCACCCCCACACUGACCUGGAGAAGUUGCCUCUACACACCCUUAAGGCUUUACAAUCUCAACUUCAACAAGAUUUAGAAUCCAUAGAAAAAGUAAUAAAUAAUUAUGGUACGAAGAGUGAGCAGUGGCCUGGGUCAACACCUACAUGGUAAGAUUUGGUAGUCAAUUAGAAACAAUGAAUUUUGGGAGAGUCGACGCCAUCGGUGACGCUGCUGCUCGUCGCCGUCUCGUCUUGUUACAUUUUGUAGAAGUAUUGUUUAUAGGCUAUUUUUGCACUUAUGACAAAGCCAGUUUUUAAUUUAUUCUCAGCCUCUCAACCACAAGAAAGAAAACAGAAAAUUGUGAGACAGUGCGUGGCUUUUUCAUCUGGCUUGAAGACACGAGUGAUUACGACAUAUUCCUUGACGUUGCUGACUCAUUCCCGUUUCCUCCUCUGUCUUGUCAUCUUGCCUGGCGUACUACUUGCCCAGUCUACCACCGGGUCACCUCACCCAUCAUGUCUCUGAUGGCGGCAUGUUGAGUCACCUACCCCCAAUGACCCGGCCUUAGCCAUUGUCCCUCACAGCGUUUACCUUGGCACCUAGCCCCACCAAACCUGACCUAUCCCAACCAAACCAAACCCAACCAAACCCUGCCAAACUUAACCUAACCCAUGCCAACCCUACCCAACUUACCAAUGCCCCGUACUAUCACCACAAGUUACACCAGUAUCUCUCCCUCAUGAAGCACUUAAAACAGUUCUGUGAUGGCAGUAUUAAGUCAAUAUAAGUAAAAUAUUAUAAAUGGAUCACAAGGGUCAACGUUUCCCCCGAAGAAAGAAUAUAAGUUUGCGAAGGUGACAAUCACAAGAUAAAUAUACAGGGUGUCCAUAAAUGAUUACCCUUAUUAAAACAUGAGAGCAUACUGUUUUUAGGGUAACUAUUUAUGGACACCCUGUAUUUAUAUAUAUAAAUUAACCAAUAUAUUGAGAGGAUAGGGAGAGAUGAAAUUGGUUAGUCCAUGUGGAGUGAGAGUAACCAAAUUGAUGGGAGGCCGUUGUUAAGUUCUUUCUCGGGACGUGAGUCAGGGAGCUGUAUUUAGGGUCUUCUGCGGUUGUAGGUAAAUUCAUCAAGUGUAACAGGCAGUCAAGAAUGCUCGUGGGAAUUUUCCAUCGAUGGGGAACUUUUGUGGAAUUGGAUUAUUAAUUAUUAUUCGUGUCAUAAUCAUCAUCUUUUUUUUUUUUCCUGUAAAGUAGACCAAGUAUGCAACCCUGUCUCCCUUCUGCUCUACUCUAUGUCUUAUUCAAAAUUCACAAACCUUACAUCGUGGAGUGUGGAUGUGUGUGUUUUGCCCCAACCACAGAAUACUGGCUUUUACCUCAUUAAAAACAAGAAUUUUCCUGUAUUGCUGAAUUAGAGUGUUAAUUUGCUCCUAUGGAAUGAAAACUCAUAUUGUACCCAUUUUUUUUACCCAUUUUUGUACCCAUUGGCCAUGCGGGUCUUGUGUUCAUUCCUGAUAAUUUUUUAAGUUUGUGUUCAUUCUUGUCUCUUGGCCUAUGGGGAUACACACUCUGAAAUCUUAACAACCUGUUUAUACACAAUUCAUCGGAAACACCAUUUUGCCACGGUAUCUGACAUCCCUCACCCCCCACCUCUACCCCCACACUCCUCUCAUACCUCCCCCCCUCCCUCUGGUACCAUUUCCCUGUUACCUCUGUCCCUAACCUCACUAGUGGCUCAUGUCUUGAAAUCUUCCUUUAACAUCUAUCUUGCAUUCCUGCAUCUGACCACUUAAGUUUCUCACACCACACUCAACCCUUAUUGCCUCCCUUCCUCUCCCCUUUCUUUCCUUCCUUCCUUUCUUUCCUUCCUUCCUUCCUUUCCUUCCUUCUUUCCUUCUGUCAUUCAUUUCCUUCCUUCCUUUCUUCCUUCUUUCCUUCUGUCAUUCAUUUCCUUUCCUUCCUUCCUUCCUUCCUUCCUUCCUUUUCACUCAAACUUACAGCUGUGUUCUAUGAUAAACUUGAGGCUGUACUUCACCUUGGGACUACAGUAGUGUGUUGUUGUGCACUUCACUUCUCAACAUCGAACAAGGUUUUAAGCGACACAAGGAACUGGAGGAGAAGGACCGUCAGGAUGUAACCUCGCCUCGGACGCUCACGCCAACUCUCGUCAGAUUAUUCCGAAUGAUCGUCUUGUUAAGCAGUGACUCGUGGAACCACAUCCCCCUCCCCUUUAGGACCAAAUUAGUAAUCAAGUAUUGUUAAAAAGAAAAGGGCAGUUAGAAGCAUGUGAAGUGUCGUUCAGUGUGUCGAGGGGCAGUGGUUGACGUCCCUUGUGAUAAAUGUGUGUCUGGCCGGCAGUACGUGAGUCGUGGGUUCCUCCUGUAAUGCAAAGACUAAACCAGUAUCAAGAACCUCAAUUAACCUGAAUAUUACGACUUUUUAAGGUUUAAUUUUCUUGUACUUGUUUAUGUAAUUUAUGUCUGAAUUUGUGUGAUACUUCAGAUUACACUCAGACGUCGGACAUUUUCUUGUGGUGUUAUGUUCUUCAUAAUAACAUAAUCAGAGAAGGUACUGUGUAAUGUUACUAGAUUUAUUCCUUAAAUAAAUCUAAUCUGUUAUACAAUUGAACUGAGGUAUUUAGGACCAGAUAGAAGGCUUAAACUUUGUUCACUUUUUCAAGAUGUCAUGUGAGGAAAUUCUUGAUGUAGAGGAAACAAUAACAUUACUGGGGUUCAUAAUAGCCCUUGAUAAGAAGACAGUAUCAAUGGAGGGAGCUUACAUGGCCAUCAAUCUCCUUCCUCCAUCAUGGCCGCCUGUAGUCACAGUGGCCGUCAGGUUAUUUGAGGUCUUUCUUGUUGAUCUUAGCUUGUUUUCACAUUCCACGAGGACCAAUCACAUGAGAGGCUGACCGGGAAGUAGCCGUUGGUCUUAUUAUUUACGGCGGAGAAAAGUAACUCACUCACUACCCGACAAAGGACUGGUAAUGAAGGUGCCAGAUUGUCACAUGGUUGAUUCUCCCUGAUAUUUGUGGAAGUUCUCACAUACUGUACAUGCAAGACGUCGUACGAGUGAUAGUGUGCGAUAUUUGUGGAAGUUCUCACGUAAAAGCAACUUGAAGACUAGUUUGAACGCUCUGUCUUUGGAGGUUUGUUUUAGGAAUAAUUUUAUAUACUCGCAGCUACUCCCCAGAGUGGAGACGGCUGCUCACCGCCGCCUGAGUUGGCACCUUCCGCCGCCAAGGUAUUCAGACGACUGACCCAGUACAAAGAAUGUAACAAUGAAAGUCUCAUUAGGGUAGGAUGAUUAUUACUGCAUUUUUCAUGUAGUGUUGUAAUGUAGGUGUUGAACCGUGUCGUGUGUAGUGUGACGCAGAGGUGCCGUGGAACAAGGUGUCGACCGCUCUGCUCCCCAUCCUGUGGACGGCGUAAUGUGAGGUGCAAUGUUGACGGCCGGUAUUGUGAUUCUUCUCGCUUACCGUACUGUACUUUUUUAUCAUUAUGAUGUCUUGUUUUUUGCUCCUUUCCCAGUGUUAUGUGUGGGAUGGCCGAACAGACACACAAACCCCAGUACAGUGCGGGGAAAUAACAAGGACAAAUACAGCAGAAGUGUUUGAAAAGUCAUAAGAUAAAAACACCAGAAAUUAUGAUUGAAAAACUGUCACGUGUUUAAUUAUCAAGAAAGUUUAAUAUGAUAACUUGGCUUUUGUAAACAUUUCAAAUAUUACUUGUUUAAUUAUCAAGGGAAUAUUGCAUAAUGUGGAAAAAUAAAUUAUGUUAAAACGCUGUACAGGUCUUCAGUAUUCUUGAACAUGAGAACGAAAAGAGAGAAAAUUGCACCACUUGUUACAUGUUGCAGUUUUUUGUGUUACUCUUAAGAAAUAUAUCAACACUGUACUGUAGUUUUAUACUGUAUAUUUUAGAAGGUAUUGUCUUGUUAACAGCAGGAAAACCAAAGUUGGGUUAAACAUCUUUACCAAAUUUGCCACUAUGCAUUCAUGUCAUUAUUUUGGGGGUUUGGUCGGACUUUACCCGGUGACGGGACACGAUGGGUUUGUUUUGAUGUUCCUCACGCUGCUUAUUGGAGGUGUUUUGGUGUCUAGCUUUAACCUUUAAAUGCUGGUCAUCGUCAGUGGAAGUUUCAUAAUCCUUGAGUUUCGUUUUUGCACAUACGAAAUGGGGAGUAGGGAACCUUUACUUGCCAGUUAUUGGUUGAAUAACAAAAUGAAGCUGUAAUAAUGAUUGGUUGAUUUUUAAGCUAUUUAAGCAAGGUUAGUUAUUCCCUCAGAUGUUUAUUUCCAGUGGGGUCCUUAUGGUAUUCCCAGGCUGUCACCCAUUCAAGUGCUAGCCAGACCCAACGUUGUUUGACUUCGCUGAUAGGAUGAGAAGCGGUGUUUUCAGUGUGGUUUGGUCGUUGGUAUGACACAUUUAUGUUACAAUGAGUAGAGCUAAUUGCAUAUACAGUAUAAAGAUUUGUUUAAUUUCAUAAUUUUUAAUACACUUCCAAAAUUUAAUUAAGACUGAACCCUAAUGUUUAGACCAACACAUAAAACACCAAAAGAUGUUUAUUGUAGCUUUGGUUUUCCUGUUUUUUAUCGAGGUCAGAUAUACAAAAGUAACGUGUGUGGCCGAGUUAUUGAGGCUCAUAUUUAUGUGAAUGAUAUACGUACUGUAAUUUGUUGGUGUGAUAUUUUGCCUCAGCUCAUGUAAGAGUGCACAGGUAUCAGUAUUUGGUAAGGGAAAUGUAAACUGACCAAAGUAGGCGAUGAGAUAUGUUGCGGUGACCGAUGAAUUGUGUCGCCCGUGACAAGUGAAUGUUUGGUAAUAAUUGUUGUGGUAACGAUAAGGAGGUCGGGUGCGGAGCGGCCCCAUGGUCAACUUGUAUCACGCCGGCACAGCUACGUCGACAUCCUCCUUUAUCAAAAUGCUAUUGACGAGCAUAUUUCAUUUUACAUAAUUUUUUUACUUUCUGUUUAUUGUAAUUGUAAUCAAAACCCUCAUUAGGUGACAAGAUCAAUAUUUAUAUUUCUUAGACUAGUACAACAAUUUUGUAUAACUUUAAUGAAGCCAUUUUAACGAGGUGAGUGGUUGCAAGGACCCGAGUGGCGGUGAUUAACGACUCGUUUACGUACAACCUUGCAGGGACUCAGCUGGUUAUCUUAUCUCAAUUUCUAGUUAGGCUCUCAAUUGUUAAGGAUCUUUUGAGACCAAGAAACAAAUGUUUGUCUUGUACAUUUUAGGAUUUUCCAAUUUACUGUUAAUAAUAUUGUAAUAAGCAAAAGCCACAGUGCAGAAUAAAAGUUUGUGAUAGUCUGGGGGGAGGAGGGCUUAGUUCUGUGUGUCGUCGAGUGGUAGCCAUUUUCCGUGGUAGUGGUGCUUCGGCCAGAGCUUUAAAAUUCAUUGAGGCGUCAGAUAGUGUUUUUAGGGUACUUUUUUAUUAACAGUCGCUGGCAUGGCGUGGGGUGCCCCUCUUACUCGAUGGUAUGGACACGUGGCACAGGAUGCUGAUGCUGUGUGGGGCGCCCCCUAUGUCAGUACAGUAUAUUAAGUGCAUAACAUAGGACAUAACUGUUGAGUGUGGCAUUACAGGCCACUUGGGUCGCCAUGGUAGACCCAUACAAGCUUCAGACAGAUCCUCGUCCUACUUAACACCUUUAACCUAAUUUACUGAACCAUAGAACAUUUAAACCUUUAUUCGUUUUUAGGUAAUACUGUACUGUACACAUUGUCAAACAAAACUGUAAUUGAAUUUGAUAUUACUUUAAUAUUUGAAUGACAUUUUUGAGCAGAAUAUAAACUUGUUCAAGACUGGCCACUUGAGGGUCAUGUUUAGAUAUUUUAGCCAUAGUGUAAAGCAAAACUUCAUAGUUAAGAAAAUAUAGUACUGAAAUAAUAUUAGUAAUAAUAAAAGCCUUUUGUUUAAGAGUAAAUGAUAUCACCAGGUAAUGCGGUGAGACACUACUUGGCUUCAGUAGUUGACGCCACUCAUGCGGUGGCCAACGACGAGGCCCGGCACGACAUACUUCACGGUUUACCGCCAAAACCAAAUUUUUCCCCCAAGCAUCACUUUGCAUAACAGUUAUGCAUCGAGCUUUGUUUGUUAAUUGGCCACGCUGUUAGAUACAGUACGAUGGUAAAACUAUUAAAUAAGUAAAUGAGUGAGAACUGUCUUUGUUUGAUAUUUCUGCUGCUGCUACAUUGCGACCUGCACUGGACCUAACACGUCAUCAAAUGGGACUAACUGGCUUCUUUUGUUUCUUACGGUGUCCCCGGAUGCUUACCUCCGCGCUACUCUAAGACGCUAACUUACAUCCAGUGAUAUUUACCAGAGAUACAAAAGAUUUGGUAUUUAAUAAAAUAUAUUUUUUAUUUUUAGUGUAAAUAAGUGUGGUUAAUAAGGUCUUCUUUUAGUUUUGGUUGGGUGCUGUGAUAGUGGUAUUUUUCCCUCUGCUGCUGCCCUAACAGUCAAGGUCACCCCAACGGUGACUGUUGUAGUACAGUAUACAGUAUUGUAGUAUUUAUUAGUAAUAAAAAUACAUCUGUAAAUACAAUAUUUAGAAGACUCAGUAAAUUCCCUAUUUGUUCUGCCUACAUAAACAAAAAUAGUCCCCUACUUUUUCACAAUAGGUCUUGACACAUUAGGAUAAAACACUCAAGUACUUUCCUUUACUAGUGAAUUCAGUAGCCUCAACUUUGCUAUUAACUGUGGUGGAUCCAUCCCCCUCCUCUACCAUAUAGAGCAAGGAGACAGUCACAACUCUCAUUAUGAACUCAAAAUCGAAUCUAACCUCACUUUUCUCGUCUCUGAUUUCGAGCAUUACAGCCGCAUAGUAAACUCACUGAAGUAAAUGAUACUUAUUACUUAUAAAUGUCUUAAGUUAUGGAAGAUUUGUUUAUUUCCCUUAAAACAAUCCUGGUUGAGAAUUUAUUAGAAAAUCUUAUGUCUUUUGUUUCCCGAUUGUUGUUAGAAGCUUUAUAAAUCAUAAACACAUAAUAGACCCACUUGUUGAAUGGAAGAAAUGGAUAAUUAUUAUUUUUCAGUCCCAAAGAGUCCUUGGUGAGGGAGGUCUGAUCAGCCCCCUCUAUAAAACACUCAUGGAUCCACCUCUCUCUCUCUUUUACCAUAGGAGCGAUUAUGCCUUAUUAGUGCGUUCAUUUACUGUGUUUGGCUGAGCAUAAAUCACUACCAACACACUUAGUACAAUAUGCAAGUGUAAUAAUAUGUUCGAAUGUAAACGACACAAGCACUCAGAGUGACAGUGUUACCGCUGGCCGUGUUGUUCAGGAGAUACCCAGAUACUAUUAGUCUUAUAGCCAUGAGAGGACACAAUUGUGCUAUACAGUACUUCAUCAUAUAUAGAAACACUGUAGGUGAAGAAAUUGUGGUGAUUAUCUUAUAGAUGCCUCAAAUGGUUGCUACUUGGCCAUUUGUGGGAAAACUUUUGAUAGACUAAUUUCAAGGUUUUUGUAGUUGAUAAUGACAUAGUACAGUAAGUCUUUGUAGGUAUUUAAUAAAUCGUGUCAAAAUAGAAGACUUGUACAAUGGAAGGGGAUUAGUGACUAAAAGUUGAUAGUUAUACAAGGUUGUUUAGUGAAGAUUAAUCUGUAUUCAAUGCUUCUAAUGUAUGGAUGAUGAAUACAAAAAUAUUUUGAGUCUAGUGGAAAGUUUUGGAAAAUGUUUGUGAUGUAAUUUAUGACACCAACUGGAGAUUUUAUCGUAUUUGUGUUGUAGGAAAUGAUUAAAGUAUUGAUUAGGUGUGAGUUUGGUGCUUAAGUGAUGUAUCAAGGAUGUACACACACACACAGCCAUCUUGUAGUAACACCACGUCUCCAUCAGAGGAAAUUACUGUGAGAAUUAGCGAUAACUUUGUGUGUAAUCGUUGUACAGCUUUAGACGACAGAGGUCAAUACUGGCCGAGAUAGCGUCAAAACAUUUACAGUUAACGUUCCAUAUGAGCUUUAAGUCGGCAACUCAAUUGUCAAUCUGUGUGUGGUGCCGAGGCCGACACAAAAUGGUGAAGACAAUGAUUUAGGUUUGAAAUAAAGUAAUUUUAGUGUUGUCCUUCAAGAAAUGCUUUUAUUCUGCACUGUGCGUUCUCCUAAGAGCUGCUUAUGAGGGCAUCCUGGCAGCUCUGCAAGAAGGACUCCGGCUCCUGUUGUUGGGCGAUGGGUCGAUUGCUGAAUGCAAACUAUUUAACGUGCGGAUGUCUGUAAUGUAAUCCACGGGUGACGAUCCCCGGGAGUCACCCGUGGACGCGAGUGUCUGCUGGAAUCCAUGAUUAACGCUUCAGUUACAUCUACAUACUACGUGUCGGUGACCCGCGAGCGUUCGCCGGAAGCCGCCGCCAAAUGCUUUAGUUUUGUUCUUAUUUGUCCGGUGUGUUAUCUCUGGCUAUCCAUCUUCUGAAGGUGAAGAAGCAUUGUAUGUCAAGUUAUCAUUAGAUAGUUUACUGUUAUUUUAUUUAAUUAUUCUAUCUUAGGUGAGUUUUUAUAUAUUUUAUUAACUUUUAAUUAUUUACUAGAAGAUUUUAGCUUACAAGUACAUUAUAGAUCAACCCAUUCAGUUGACAGGUUUACCGUGUACUGUACUGUAGUGUGCGUGUGUUUAGUGGCAACUUCAGACGGAGUCCAUGUUUUAUUGUUUUUUUUUUUCCAAUCUUCUCCCGGUUCUGGUUUCCAGCCCCGGAGUUUAUGGGUUUCUGAAAUCUCUAUUUUUGCACAAACGUGAAAAACAAUUAUUUUAAGUUGAAGGUGGAGUUUUUUGACACCUCCAACUCCGUGUCUAGGGUGAAGAAUGUGAUUUUUACGGCAGUUUCAGAACAUUGAAAUAAUAAGCAUUACUACGUGAAUUUCUUGUUUUACAGAGUUGACUUCAUUUUAAACUGGCUGAGAUAUAUUUUAAUAUAUUUAGAGUUCAUAAUAUGCCAAUUUUAGUUGAGGAUCUAUUACAUGUUUUAACAAUGGCAACCAAUAAAUAAAUAUAAAGUCUA